CAAGGAUUACCCCGAGGCUCUCCAGUGAAUUCAAGCAAGCGACCUUCAUCAACCUCCACUGAACGCAACGCGAGGCGAGAGCCUCAGCAACCCGACCAGCCUUGCGACUCGACAAAAGCUUGGUUUACCCUGAGCAUUCGCGCAGCUACGAAGAGAAACUUGAUCACAACUCUGCGCUCACAACAAGACUCAAUCAUUUUCACUUGACUUCAACCCGGUCCCAAAGCUAUUCUUCUUCCUAACCCAUGCCAAAGUGUCGUGCGUUGGCGGCCGAAGGCGCGACUCUGAGGGAGCAGGCGGUUCUCCAACGGGUAAGUGCGAUUUUGCUUCUCUAGACCUUUCAUAUCCUUCCCCAACCCCCAACACACAUUUCUUACGCGCAGUGAUGACUACUGGUAAAAGGUCCGAUCGAAAAGGAUUCUUCUGGGUUUGUUGUCUCAUCUUGUUACCGUUCAAUGGCCGUUCUUGAUGAAUGAGCCACGUCCUCAUCCUUGCAAGGCUUUCGCCAAGCGAAAAGCAUACGCGACGAACGGAGCUGCUUAAAGAAUGCAGUGUACCAAUCCAGGAUCGAGAAACGACAUAAACAUGACCUCAUUUUGGAGUUCUGCUACUAGUUACCCAAACGGAGUAGGACCAAAGGCUCAGGAAGACAAGUAAAAUGGUUCAAGAUGAGACUACGAACCCGCUGCGGUCCCCAAUAUGAAGACCAAAAAGACUGAAAAGACCUGAGCGCACACUUUAUUUCUACAACUGUCAUCAUUUGGCUCCAACUCGUUUUGCAGGACAUUCCGGGUCCCGUCUAACGUCAGGUUGAACUUUAAGCUAACCUUACUUCAGUAGAACCCCCCUGUCGUGCACCUCUGGCCACCUAAUCUCCAAGUCCCAGACCAUGAAGACUAAGGAACCCAUCCUCACUGUGUACUUCUUGCUCGACACGUUGUUCUGAAUUCGAAUUGGGACGCACUACUCAGCUGAACUUUUGCCAACGGUUCUCUGAGACACUCAAAUAUCCAAUCUUAUCAACGUAUCUUCGUUGCCUUCAGCACUUGGGCAACGGCCUUUCGUCCUUCAGAGCAGGUCUGGCUAGGCAACAAGGCUUCUGAGACUCACUAACCCCGACUCUGCGUCCGUGGAAACCCAUCUUUCAGCAAGUUGAUACCAUCGAGACAUCUUCAUGAAGAACCAGGCCCCUAGGAGAUGGAGUCCCUUGGUCAGCAGUCUACAAAACGGUGUGCGGAAGACGGGUGCGAUUCCAAUGCUCUUAAUGGGAUUCUUUGCCUACGCCAUCAAGCAGAAAGGAGGAUUGCUCGAGCCAGUGCUGCGCAUCUUGCUACCGGCUCAUCUGGACGCGCGCCCUCAAGGCCCUCAGUGGUGCAGAACCCAUCGCAGAACAUUGGGCGAGCUAGGCAUGACGACCAGUCGAGAAGCAGCCAGUCCCAUUCGCGUGGCACGGAUUUUCGAGACGAACCAGUACACGCUUCUCAGGGCGCCUAUGCCACUGUCAGAAGGACGAAUCUGCCGCCAGAUCUCAUGGGAAAACUGGCAAUGACAGCCAGAAAGACAGCUAGCGCAAAAGCUCCCCCCAAGAAGCGCAUGGAAGAAGAGACUCAUCCAAGGUUCCACACUACUUCUGCGCAAACUCACACUCCUGAGUCUGUCUCACCAACUAACCACGAAACUCUCCCUCCUGGCACGUUCAAUCCCUUUCGGCCACUUCUUAAUCAAGUGCAUUCGCCAUCACAAGACCAGACGAAGCGAUUAUCUGGCAGUACCGAUCCAAACCAGCGCGUAUCGCAGACGUCUGCAGUCGUCGAACAGGUGCAACCCAGGGGAAAGAAGACGUGGGGAUACAACUCGGCACGGGCUUCUUCAGGGGGAUAUCGACCCGGUCAAAGCUCUCGAGCAUCUCAAGAGUCCGUGACGAUGCCGGGCACUAAGAAUGCAUCGCAUGCCACUCGCGAUUCGAGCACCCGGCCGGAUACUGAAAGCCACAGAAGUCAACUUGGAGGAAGGACUUCCAUUGCACCAUCGACAUCUACGCUAUCUGGAAACAGAAGCUUCGAUUCGCUGCCUCACGUCAGUACUAAGAGUCUGCCGCCAAUGCAUGUGAAAUCAGCGCCAUCGGCAUCACGAUCAGCUUCCACAAGCAGAUUCACGUCUUCGGCCGGCAAGCGGAGAAGGCUUGACAGUACUGACACAACAUCCGAGUCAUCGUCGUCAUUCAGCUCUUCUGAUGGUGAUCUUGAUGACGAUGAUGACGAGAUUGAUGACAGGGCUCCAGAACAGGCAAAGGUAGUCAUUGGGCAUCCCCGUUCGUCCACUUACCUCGGAGCCACAGCAACUUUGGAUACUUCACAAUCCACAUCUUCUUUGGGACUUCCUGGUGCCAAUCUCGAGGCGUCACGUCCACGUUCUUCGACAAAUGAGGAUGCCACUCGCCUGGGUGCCGUGUUUAGGCCCAUUGUGCUCAGCUCUUCCUCUGACGAGGACGAAGAUGGUAGACGGGAGAGAGGUGGGAGAAUACGGCAGCCAAAACUUGCCAACGGGCAGAGUCGUAAUCACGUCCUUUUGCCGAAUGGCACACUUCGACAAGGCUCGACACGAGGGAGGGCCGACCAGCAGAAUCGCAACCAACAGGAUCUGAAGUCCAGUUUCUCUCGCAAAACGAAGAAACUGACCUGCGAACAGCGUCGACUCCAGCUUUGCGCUGACUUUGAAUUCACCAAGUUCGACGCCAUGAUAUAUAGCCAGCCCGACGCCACGAGACCUCCUCUGGGGGUGUAUACUCUGGCUGCGCCAAUAGAGACCUCGAAAGGAGCCUCGACACCUGGUGCAGAUGAUGGCCGCUUCCAUAUGAAGCUUGACCCUCGCAUCCAUUGGCCGCAUAAUCGCAGCGACCAGUGGUACAAGUCGAAGAUGGAGGAAAUCAAAGCCCGAGGUGGCCGUAAGGCAAACUUCGGCAAAGCAGCUAAGCGCAUGCGACAGCAGCGUUUGGCAGAAGAGCGCCAGGAAGAGGAAGAUAAGUUGGCCGUCGCGAGGGGCGAGCCACGGCCUUGGUCGCACCAUAGACACAUGGACUUCGGCGAUGUCCCUGAAGAGGAGUUGCCAAUCUAUGUCCGCAGGAAUGAGGAGUGGGUGCGGGGAGCGGCCUGGAUGCGCAAGAUCCAUGAAGAGAGUCGGCAGAGGGAUGCUCGUCGUGCCGCUGAGCUCUUCAAGGAGCAUCUCGCCUCAAAUGGUCGGUGACCUGAAGUACGAUGAUCAGUGCAGCCGAUUAAGGGCUGCAAGUCUGUGUCACUCUCAUCUUUACGAGGCAUGGGAACAGCGACAACGGGACUGGGAAUGCUCAGCAUGGAGUUUGGUCUGCUUUUCGUUUCCUUAUCCUAUUUCAUAUCGAUGAUACCUUGAUCUCGCCGUAGCCCGGCUAGGUCUACACGCAUAAUUUCGGAG